AUGGCCGACCUCGACGUCGAGAAAAAGCUUAGGGAGCUCUCCGUGAGCGACAAGUGUGACCUCUUGGCAGGACAGGACUUCUGGCAUACCAAAUCUCUUCCAAAGCACGAUAUCCCGUCCAUCCGCAUGUCGGACGGUCCGAAUGGCGUCCGCGGCACCCAUUUCUUCAACGGAGUGCCCUCGGCCUGCUUCCCGUGUGGAACGGCCCUGGGCGCCACAUGGAACGUGAAGCUGCUCUGUGAGACUGGCGAGCACAUGGGAGCCGAGGCAAGGCUCAAGAGCGCCCAUGUCAUCUUGGGCCCGACCGUCAACAUGCAGCGGUCGCCACUGGGUGGGCGCGGCUUUGAGUCCAUCUCGGAGGACCCGGUGCUUGCGGGACUCGGCGCCGGGGCGCUGAUCAACGGCAUACAAAGCACCGGUGUGCAGGCUACUAUCAAGCACUGCGUCUGCAACGACCAAGAGCACCGCCGCAAUGCUAUGCAGGCCGUCGUGACGCAGCGUGCACUGCGUGAGAUAUACCUGCUGCCAUUCCAGCUGGCGAUCCGUGACAGCAAGCCAGGUGCCCUCAUGACAGGGUACAACGGUAUCAAUGGAACCUACUGCAGCGAGAACACGGACCUGUUCAACAUACUGCGCAAGGAGUGGGACUACGAGGGUCUGAUCAUGAGCGACUGGUUCGGAACCUACAGUACUACGGCUGCUGCUAACGCUGGUCUGGACCUCGAGAUGCCGGGCCCACCGCGCUUCCGAGGCGAGGUGCUCAAGUUCAAUGUCGGCACCGACAAAGUCCCCCGCUAUGUCAUUAACGAGCGAACGCGGUCCUUUCUCAAGUUCCUCAAGAAGUGCUAUGCCUCGGGCAUUCCCGAGCGCGGACCAGAGACGACAGGCAACACCGAGAAGCUGAGAGCAUUCCUCCGCAGACUUGGUAACGAGAGCCUCGUGUUGUUGAAGAAUGAGAACAAUGUCCUUCCGCUGAAGAAGGACAAGAAGACGGUCGUCAUCGGCCCCAAUGCCAAGGUUGCCGUCUACCACGGAGGUGGUUCCGCAGUCAUACCAGCUUACUACGCCGUAACCCCGUUCGAUGGCAUUGCCGACAAGUUGAAGCCCGAGAUUCCCGAUUACACCAUCGGGUCGCACGCGCACAAGAUGCUGCCAAUUCUAGGCCCGCAGGUGAUCAACCUCAACAAGAGCACUGGCUUCGUUAUGUCAGUGUACGAUGAGGGGCCCGAUGUCCAAAACCGCAAAUACAUCGACAAGUUGACCGUGCAAAGCACCGAAAUGCUGUUUACCGACUACACGGUCCCCAAACAAGCACUCUGGUAUGCCGACUUUGAUGGCCUCCUUGUGGCUGAACAAACUGGCGACUACGAAUUCGGCGUUGUCGUCGUCGGCACGGCCAAGCUUUUUGUCGAUGGCCAGGUGGUGGUCGACAAUGCCUCGGAGCAGCAGCAGGGCGACGCCUUCUUUGGUGCUGGCACUAUCGAGGUAAAGAAGAAGAUUCCCGUCGAGAAGGGCAAAUCCUACAAGAUCCACGUAGAGUUUGCUAGCGCCCCGACAUCCAAGCUGCCCGACAACAACGCCCUGUUCGGCGGCAGUGCUCUUCGCCUCGGUGGUGUUUAUGACAUCGAUGCCGAGAAAGAGAUCCAACACGCGGUGGAUUUGGCCAAGGGCGCCGAACAGGUCAUCAUCUGCGGGGGUCUCAACGCCGACUGGGAGACCGAGGGCAUCGACCGCGAGGUCAUGGACCUGCCGGCGCCAAUGGACGACUUGAUCUGCAGGGUGGCUCGUGCCAACAAGAACACGGUUUUCGUCAACCAGAGCGGCACACCCGUGACCAUGCCGUGGAUCGACGAAGUGUCGGCCGUGGUGCAGGCGUGGUAUGGCGGCAACGAGACGGGCAACGUCAUCGCCGACGUGCUCUUCGGCGACGUCAACCCGUCGGCCAAGCUGAGCCUCUCGUUCCCCAUCCGCGUGCAGGACAACCCGGCCUACCUCAACUUCCGCGCCGAGGGCGGCCGGACCCUCUAUGGCGAGGACAUAUACGUCGGCUACCGCUUCUACGACCAGGCGCACCGCCCGGUUCUGUUUCCCUUUGGUCACGGCCUCAGCUACACGACGUUCGAGUUUUCCGAUCUGACCGUGACUGAGAGGCCAAGGGAGGGCACUGACUUGGUCAUCGAGGUGAAUGUCAAGAACACGGGCAGUGUUGAGGGGGCCGAGGUUGUCGAGGUCUAUAUUCUGCCUCCAGACAUGAAAUCGCAGCCUGUGGCGACCGUCGACACGGUGGUGGUCUGCCGCCCGAAAAAGGAACUAAAGGGUUUCACCAAGGUGCUUCUCGGGCCGGGCGACGAGACCAGGGCCUGCGUGGUCGUCCCCACCAAGUAUGCCACCUCCUACUGGGACGAAGUGCGCGCCAAGUGGUGCUCCGACUGCGGUAAAUACACCGUCGUUGCCAGUAGCAGCAGCGCCUUCACCCCCGAAAACUCCAUCCAGAAAACCUUCGAUCUGAAGGGCACAUUCUGGUGGAAGGGACUGUGA